AACAAGGUUUUAAGUGGCGUAAGUGCGUUGCAUCUCACUGUGGGAAAUUAUUAGGUUGUGACGUCGUGGGCUUCCAAUAUAAUGUAACCCGCGAACAGCAGAUUUUCAGUGCCACCCUUGGCCGGGCUAUUCAUCACGACUUUAAUGCAAAUCUUAGUGUAUAGCGUGCUAGUUUUCCUUCGCUAGGGUAGCCAACUGAAACGGCUCCAAUUCUAACUCAUGAACACAAAAGGCAAACUGCAUGAACGAAAUACAACUUCAAAGCUAAAAGGGCGAAGGGCAAAGAUUACCUGAGGGGCAAAAACACUGAAACACUUUCUUAUUUUGGAGUCGUGCCGCGUCUUUCUGACGGUGUGCAAGAUGGCGACGAAUUCCACGGCCCAGAACUUGACUACUCUCAAAGUAACAGACUUCGCAACCAUCGAGACUUCAUUCACAGCAAUAGCCUUACUGGUGAUCAUGCUAUUGACCAUCAUCGGGAAUUUGAUGGUUUGUUACGUGGUUCUAAGUAACAAGCGCUUGUGGACGGAGAUGAACAUGUUUUUGGUGAAUUUAGCAUUUGGUGACCUCGCGGUUGGUCUGAUUUGUAUGGUAUUUCCACUCAUCACAGCUAUCAAGAGGGAGUGGAUUUUCGGCCGAGGGAUCUUAUGUCAACUGAAUGCCUGCUGUAACUCCGUCCUAUUCUGCAGUACCAUCUUUACACAUACUGUCAUCAGCAUUGACAGAUACAUCGUUAUUGUUCACCCAAUGAAGAAAAUAAUGACACGCAAGAAAGCGGCUCUCAUGAUCGUCGGAGUCUGGGUCUUCUCUGUGUUCAUUGUCCUCGGCCCUGUGUUUGGUUGGGGAAGAAUGGAGUACAACGCUUCUACCUUACAGUGUGGAUUCGGUUUCCCGCGAGAUAAAAUGGCAUCCAUGUAUAUCGUAAUCGUGGCUAUAAUAGCGUUUAUUAUCCCCUUGCUUAUCAUGACCUACACCUACAUAAGGAUCUACAUAAGCGUGCUUGAACAUACUCGGAGAAUGUCUGAGACUGCCACUGCGAUGCCGCAACAGGCCGUUUUCAGCGCACAAAAGAGAAUCGUGUUCACAUUCUUUAUAGCUUUGCUAGCAUUCUUCGCAUGCUGGGCGCCGUUUUUCAGUUUUAUCGCUUUUGCGGUGGUGGUCAAAAAUCCGCAUGAUAUACCGCAUGGACUAGGAUUGGCCUCUUAUGUUUGCGGUUUUAUAAACUCUGCCUGUAACCCUUUCAUAAUCGGGCUGAGAAGCAAGCAGUUCAAGUCCGGAUUCUCGCGUAUUCUCUGCUGUUGUCGUGGAAGAGACCCUAAGAGCAGUGACAGCGCAAGAAGGCUUAAAGCCGACAAAACGAUCAGUAGCCGAACCAUGACCGACUACGAUCCGGACAAAGAUAGCGUAUUUGAAUCGGCUCCACAGAAAAAAAGACCACUACUACCACGGCGCACCGAGGAACGAGUCGGGACUGACGCGCGCGCUCGUAAUGGGAGUUCGCUUGGGACCGAAAGUGUAACACACAGCGACAAGCCGUUGCUAAGAGACCCGUUAGAUGAAAUGGACGAACUAACGCUUCCCAAGAAGCACAAGGUUCACAUGGUGAGACCGCGCAAGCGUAGCUCCGAAAGCAGCGAAUGUGCAAGCCAAAGGUCUGCGAAGGCUGUGUCGUAUAAGCAGUUUCUGCAUGUCAAAGGUGACUCGUCUUGGCGGGAGUCUGGGGUUUGACACAGGUAAAAGGCUGUAAAAAAGAAGCUCGAAAAGAUCGCUUACUGGGACUGUCAGGUGACUCACAGCCCGCCUUGCCUCAUGGGUAACAUGAGUGACAAAAGCCCGAUUUUCGAAACCAACAAAGUGCAUCCAGUUAAAAAUAUAAACAUAAGGGAACGACCAGUUGGGGCGUGGCCCUGAAAUACUGCAUUAUCCUAACCUGGAUUUGUAGAAAGGUGCAAAAGGUUAUCCACUAUUUACGAAACACUUUUCAUUUAACUCAGGAGUAUUGCAAAUACAAUAUAAGGGAAUGGAUAAAUGCAAAAGUAAAAAAUUAUCAAUGCAAGAGAACGUAAAUGCUAAAAGGCUUUCGCCUAUGCCGUUAUCCUGUCUAAAGAUUCGUAUCUAGUAAAGAUAAUUUUAUGAAAAAAAAACUACGACAAAAUAAGAAAUCUGCAUGGCGUGAGUUACACAAUAUAAGAUGUAAUGUAAACAAAAAUAGGAAAUUUAAUAUCAUUAUCAAGAUAUCGAGGAAUAAAAUCAAAAUCACCUGCUUGGCUUUGCCGACACUAACGCUAAAAUAAAAGGCUUUCUCCUAUGCCGUUAUCCUGUCUAAAGAUUCGUAUCUAGUAAAGAUAAUUUAAUUGCAAAAAAAAAAAACGACAAAGAAAGUUGCAUGGCGUGAGUUACACAAUGUAAGAUGUAAUGUUUAAACAAAAAUGCUGUAAAAGGAAAGUUAAUAUGAUUACCAAGAUAUCAAGGAAUAAAAUCAAAAUCACCUGCUUGGCUUUGCCGACACUAAUAAGUGCAGGCAGUCAAGUCUCACAGAAGUUGUAGAUAGGUACAAGUGAACCUGUCAAGGCUCACAGCAUGUGUAGAUCCAACAGAAUGGGUACUGUAGAACCUGAUUGAAAUAAACAUCCUGAAUUAAA